AUGAGCGAGGAGAAGGGUGUCGUCGUGGGCGUGCUCGCGAUGCAGGGUGCAUUUCAGGAGCACAUUACGCGCUUCUGCUCCCUGAAUGCCACGUCGUUUCCUGUGCCUGUGCGCGCGAUUCCCGUGCGCACGGUCGAGCAGCUGGCGCAGUGCGACGGCGUCGUGAUCCCUGGCGGUGAAUCAACUGCCAUUUCGCUGGGCUUGCAGAAUGCAGGCUUGUUUUUACCGCUCCAGGAAUGGAUUGCGGCGGGAAAACCAGUGUGGGGUACGUGCGCCGGCAUGAUUAUGCUGUCCUCGAUCGCUACCGGUGGCAAGCGCGGCGGUCAGUGGUUGCUGGGCGGAAUGGCGAUUCAAGUGGGGCGGAAUGGCUUUGGGAGUCAGGUGUACUCGUUUGAGUCAGACGUGGAUAUCCCCGCGCUUGGCGGCGGCGGGUUUCCGGGCGUUUUUAUACGCGCGCCUGUGGUGGAGCAGCUUCUUUCUGAUCCGCAGGCGGCGAUGCAGGCUCCUGCACAAAAGGCCGCCGAGCCUCUGCAUUCCUUACCCAGAAUUGUCGCGUCGUCCGAGACACUGGACAUUGCGACGCGUCACCCUUUGCAGGUGCUCGGCACGCUGCCUGCGUCGAACGCGCCGCAAGGCACGCAGCGCGACGCGCUCAUUGUCGCUGUUCGACAGGGCCGCUUGAUGGCCUCAAGUUUUCACCCAGAACUAACGUCGGAUACGCGUUUACACGCCUACUUUCUUCGCGAGCUCGUGCUCGGCAUCUAG